ACCAAACACCUUUUGUCUAGUUCUCCUUUUCUUUUUCAAGAUUUUCACAUUUGAUGAAGUAAAACUACUUCAUUGGUAAUUUGACUGCCUAAAAGGUGAACUUUUGAAGAUCGGCGCUGCAAAAUUUAUUGCUGUAAAGAUGAAGUCUUCCUGUCAGAGUUUGGGGAUCUGGAUGUAGAAGACGGUGAUGAAGCAGAGUUUGAGGAUUUGGAUCGUGGCAACAAGAUUCUUGUCAAUGUGGAUAGCUUUGGUGCAGUUGGUGAUGGGGUUUCAGAUGACACCAAGGUUUCUAUUCUCUACUCUUUAAUUCUCCUCUUCUAGUGGGGCGGACAACAUAGACGACCAAUGCAAGCUUUUCUUGAGUAGAUUAUUAGAGCUGCAUCUGUGGAAUUUGCAAGUUACAUUCAACCACUUUGUCAUAUGUUUUAUGAUAUCUCAGGCUUUCGUUGAUGCGUGGAAACAAGCUUGUUCAACACGAAAAUCAGUCUUCUUGGUCCCUGCAGGACGCAGUUAUCUAGUAAAUGCAACAAGGUUCCGAGGGCCUUGUGUGGGCAGAUUGAGAGUCCAGAUUGAAGGAACUAUAGUAGCACCAGGUGAUCCUAACAACUGGGAUUUUACAAAGAAUGGACGAAUUUGGCUUGGCUUCUUUAACUUGACAGGAGUUACUUUGCAAGGAGGAGGAUUUAUUGAUGGGUCUGGCAGCAAAUGGUGGGCAGCUUCCUGCAAGAAGAACAAGACUAAUCCUUGCAGAGCAGCACCAACUGCAUUAACUAUAUACGGGAGCUCGAGUAUAAAGGUGAAGGGCCUAACAAUCCAAAAUGGCCAACAGAUGAAUUUCGUCAUUUCUCGAUCAGAGUCCAUACGUAUAACUGGUGUUACGGUUUCUGCUCCUGAAGACAGUCCUAAUACUGAUGGAAUCCAUAUAACUGAAUCUACAAAUGUUGUACUCCAGAAUUCCAAAAUUGGAACAGGUGAUGAUUGUGUCUCUAUUGUCAAUGCUAGUUCCAAUAUCAAGAUGAAGAGAAUUUACUGUGGACCUGGCCACGGAAUCAGCAUCGGGAGCCUUGGUAAGGACAACUCUGUUGGUAUAGUUACUGGGGUUGUACUUGAUAAUGCAUUUCUCAGAGCUACCACAAAUGGUCUGCGGAUCAAGACAUGGCAGGGAGGAUCAGGUUAUGUGUGUGGAGUGCGCUUCCAAAAUGUAAUGAUGCAAGAUGUUUCCAAUCCUAUCAUCAUUGACCAAUUCUAUUGUGAUUCACCAAAGUCUUGCCAGAACCAGACAUCUGCAGUCGAGAUAAGUGAGAUAGUUUACCGGAAUGUUAGUGGUACUUCAAAGAGCAAAAAUGUAAUCAAAUUUGCAUGUAGCGACAACGUGCCUUGCAGCCACAUUGUUCUGAACAACAUCAACUUAGAGACCAGAGAUGGUACUGCUGAGGUCUACUGCAACUCUGCCACAGGGAUCAGUUAUGGUUAUAAUCAUCCAUCCGCAGAGUGUCUCGACUCCGAUGACAAGAAAAUUAAGCAGAAAAUGGAAUCAAGGGAAAAAUACAUCGUUCAUACUGAGCUAUGAAUUGCCUUCUACAUGCCAUCAUCACUCCAACCUGACGAUUUAUUGUAGCAGAUAUUUUUAAUAUACAUCUUGUAGUUUAGUGCUUACUGAUUUGAGUAAUCUCAGAUUCUGAGAUUCCUAACUAGACAAGAUAGCAGCUGUAUACUGUUCUACAGGGAUUCAUUAAAAAUAUUUAUAAAUACGGAUAUAUUUUAUACUUAA